CUCGCCGCAGCCAUGGAGAAGCAGCCCGGCGGCGAGGACGAGUGCGCGGACUCGGGAGCGGAGACGGGCGGGUCUGAGUACAGCCGCAUGUCCUCUACCAGCAGUGAACUUUCUGUGGAAGGCAUACAGGACCCAUUCCUUGUUAGUGUACAUAUUAUCACAGACCCAGGUGAAUCCAAGACUCUUCAGCAGGCCAUUGAUAAGCUUCUAGCCUGGAUCCAUCCAGACCUCCAGCUGUUCCGGGUCUCAGAAAGACGAGUGCCCAGGAAGCGCAGGAAGCCGCUCAAGGCCGGUGUUUCUCAGCCAGCCCUUGCUGUCAUCCUGUUCCUGCAGGAGGAGUACGGAGAAGAACCCAUCUUGCAGCUCCAUGAGACUUUUCAGCGGCCCCCUUGGCAUUACCACCACACAGAGCUGAUGCAGGGAAAGUUCCUCCCUUACAUGCCAUGCAGCCAAGACUUUUACACUUUGGCUCCAGAGACUCCUCUGUGGGCCAUCCGCCCAGUGCACUACGGGAAGGAAAUGAUCCGCUUCACCAUCUACUGCAGGAACGAGAACUUUGUGGACAUUUUGAAAUUGUAUGAGUUAAUUCUGAAAAGACCAAUGUGUCAGAAAAAAGCAGACUUCUGUGUCUUUCCUGUCUAUUCCAACAUGGAAAUAGACAUUCAGUUUUCUUUAAAAAAACUCCCCAAAGGACAAGUUCCACUGAGGACAGAGUCGGCCGUGCUGGAGUUCAGAGUGAAAGAUGUGGGGCAGCUUGUGCCUCUCUUGCCCAACCCUUGCAGCCCCAUCAGCGAAGGCAGGUGGCAGACAGAAGACCAUGAUGGAAAUAGGAUCCUUUUGCAGCAAGCACACAGUUGGUGUAGGAAGUCUGCAAAGCAGAACAAGCAACCAUAUCCAUCUGUGUCAACAGAUUCCCACUUCCCCACUCUGCCAGCCUUCCUUCCUCAGAGCCAGCGAUCCAUCUCUGAACAGCCACAAGAAAUGGGUCAAAAAAAGGUUCAUCACACAAAUGGCCUUGGCUAUUACCUUGGUUUCUCCCAGGAGGACUUGAGGCACUGCGAUCUAGGAGAGUUCACACGCAGAUCCAGGAGUGCCUCCAGCAUUUCUUGGUCAUUUCAACGAAGCAAGUCUCUGUUCUGCUUGCCCACAGUGAGCUCCUCUUCAGCAUCAGAGACAUUUCAUUUCAGUGAACCAUUUCAGUUUUUUAACACUGGGUCACCGACAACCAGGUUAAAAACAUGGAAAUGCAGCCCUAAGCUGAACAUUGAUGACUUAGAGGAUGCCCAAGAGACUGAUGUGGACACAGGGAUGAAGCUGUCUUUCUCAGACCUGUCUGUGGUUUCUGCAUACUCUGCCCUGAAUGGAUUUUGCAGUGAGUUGGAAGACUCUCUUCCAUCACAGAAGCAAACUAGGGCUAAACAGGCAGCCACCAGUGGAAGGCCUGCAUCAGCCAUGUGCAAUACUUUUGAGUCAGCUGAUGGUUCACUGCCUUCUCUUUCAGAAUGGUCUUCCAGCUCUUUCAUGCCAACGUCUCUCUCUGAGCAACACAAACAGCCCUUGAGAGCAGCUCCCUGUUCUCUGGAUGACCGUGUUUGCCCAGCUUCACCAGUUAAUGAAGAAGAAUUUUACAUCUGAGGCUUCUCUAACUUACACCUUCCAGAGGAAAAGUGUUCUACUUAUGAAUGACGGCAGUGGGUCCACCCUGAGCUUACAGAAGGCUCCUUGCUGAGGAGAAGGUGAUGCAGAAGUUUGUUAAAUAUGUGAAGAAAAUACUCAGAACCCUCUGAGAUUGGCAUUCCCAAACUGGGUACAGGCACCCUGUGUCUUUGUAGUGGAGGAUACGAUCAGCACGGAAAAUUUUGCACAGCAGCACAAGGUGAAUGUUUCUGACCAGCCCUUGGACUGAUGGUGAAGGAAAUGCCAGAAGAGGACCAUAGUAUUCCAUUUUAAUUUGGCAGAAAAUGAAGACUAAUUUGUGGAAAACAAACUGCUUUAACUUUUCUGAGAAAUUCCCUUAACUCAGGGAAGGUGGGAAAAGAAGGGGGGGUCUUAUUUCCCUUUCACAGGUUCCAAGGGCAGCUCUGAGCACAGCAGAUCCCAGCAGCACAGCCCCAGUAGGGUCAAACAAGUUUCUUGUGAGGAAACACUUUCCUUCCAGCCUUUGAGAGCUGACAGUCGGGAGGUGGGGCAGAAUCACACAAACAUCAAAGUUGGAAGAGGUCUUCAAGAUCAUCUAAGUCCAAGGGACAACCUAGCACUACCAUAAUGACCCCUAAACAAUAUCCCCAAGUGCCACAUCCUGACACCUCCUAAACACUUCCAGACACUGACCCCACCAACUCCCUGGACAAUUUAUUCUAAGGUCUGAACAACCUUUCAGUGAGUAUUUUUUUUCCUAAUAUCUAAUCUGACCCUCCCCUGGUGCAAUUUAAGGCUGUUUCCUCUCAUUGUUGCAAUCAAGAUAUGGCAGAGGAGACCAACCCCCACUUCAUUGCAACCUCUUUUCUGGUAGUUGUAAAGAUCAGUAAAGUAAUCCUCCAAACUAAACAAUUCUAGUUCCCUCAGCUGCUCCUUAUCAGACUUUUGCUCCAAACUCUUCACCAGCUCCAUUGCCCUUCUCUGGACAUGCUCCAGCCCCUCAAUGUCCUUCCUGAAUUGAGGGGCCCAGAGCUGAGCACAGGGAUUCAAGGAGCAGCUUUCACCAGUGCCAAGUACAGGGGUCCUGCUGGCCACACCAUUGCUGAUACAGCCCAGGAUGCCAUUGGCCUUCUUGGCCACCUGGGCACAUGCUGGAGCAUGUUCAGCUGGCUACUGACCAGCAACCCCAGGUCCUUUUCCAGCCACUCUUCCCCCAGCCUGUUGCAAUGCAUGGGGCUGUUAUCACCAAGUGCAGGACCCAGCACUUGGAUCAUCUUGCUGAACUCCACAAGCCUCUCCUCAGCCCAUCAACCCAGUCUGUCACAAUCCCUCUGGAGAGCCUUCCUGCCCUCCAGCAGAUCAACACUCCCACCCAACUUGGUGUCAUCUGUGAACUUACUGAGGAUGCACCCAAUCUGCUCAUCGAAAUCAUCAAUGAAGAUGUGAAACAGAGCUGUCACCAGCCACCAGCUGGAUUUAGUUCCAUUCCCCACCACUCUCUGGGCCUGGCCAUCCAGCCAGUUUUAUUCAGUGAAGAGUCCACCCAUCCAAGCCAUGAGCAACCAGUUUGUCCAGGACAGUGCUGUGGGAGACAGUUUCAAAUGCUUUCUUGAAGUCUGGAUAGACAACAUCCACAGCCUUUCCCUCACCUACUGAGUGGAUCCCAUUGUCACAGAGGAGAUCAGGCUGGUCAAGCAGGACCUGCUUUUCAUAAACCCAUGCUGGCUGGGCCUGAGCUCUUGGUUGUCCUGUACAUGCCACGUGAUGGCACUCAGGAUGAUCUGCUCCGUGACUUUCCCCAGUGCCAAGGCCAGGCUGACAGGUCUGUAGUUCCCCGGAUCAUCCUUCCAACCCUUCUUCUAGAUGGGCACCACAUUUGCUAAUUUCCUGUCAACCGGGAAUUCUCCGGUAAACCGAAACUCCUGGAAAAGGGUUGAAGGGGGUUUGGCAAAAUCUUUUGCCAGCUCCCUCUCAGGUGCAUCACACCAGGGCACAUAUAUGUGUCUAACUGUGACAGAAGGUCAUUAACCCUUUCCUCACGGAUUAUGGGGACUUCAUUCAGCUCCUCAUCCCUAACUUCCAGCUGUCAUUGCUGGGUAUGCUGGGGGCAGCUGGCUUUGGUGUUAAAUACCGAGACAAAAAAGGCACUAGGUACCUCAGGAUUUUCCUCAUCCCUUACACUGUGCUACCCUGUGCAUCCAGCAAAGAAUAGAGACUCCUUAGCCCUCCUUUUGCUGCCAAUGUUUUUACAGAAACUUCUUCAGAAGAAGUGUCACCCCUUCCCCAGGGAAGAGGAAAUUCCACUGUAUCUUUUAAUUUGACAGAACAGGAUGCAGAAAGUGCCAGAAGGGAAACCUUAGAGAACAUUUUCAGCCCCCUCACUCAGAAAGCCCAUCCUGUUCAGCUAGAAGGGAGCCCUCUGGGCUGUUGUCUGAACCACUUGUUCAGACAGUGACAACCUUAGUAAACCAUGUUUGCUAUUCCCAACUCAGGCAAAACAGCUUGCCUUUUUGGAAUACAAACCAAGAAAGAUAACCCAGCAUUUUUAUAUAUUGCUACACCAUUAGACUCAAAUAAAAGACAGCUCCCUGUUUUUUAAGGGGUUGUUGUUUUUCUGUUAGAAAUAAUCAAUGCAGAAACUUUUUCUUCGUAUUUCCAGUGCAAGCAUACUUCUUCCUGGAUGAAACUUGUUUCUUCUUGAAUACCUCUCCCCAGAGGGAAA